CGAAAAGUGGAGCGACUUGUUCUUAGGUUUGACGCCGCAUUUCCGCUACCGCGUGGGGUCUAGCGUUUUGUCCUAUCUUGCGUGCGUUGCCGCCAGCUUGCGAAGGCCCCCCUACCACUUCCCACAUUCUCAUCGUUCGCUACCUUGACUGGACUCGACUGGCCCGGACUGGACUAGGCCCGACUGGCGCAGUUGAUGCAUGGAAUUUGCGUGGCGCAACCCCUACAGCGCAGCCCUGCUGCCCACCGACCCUCUCCCCAACCCACCCACCCAAGCGAAACCGUGGAGCAGCUCAUCGAGAAGUGGGAGCGAAACCGACGAGGGAGCGCAUCUGAGUGCCACGUCCUCACUCUCCGUCCCUCCUUGGUGGUUUGCUUGAUGUUUGAGGACGGUGGAUGUUCUUGGAUAUGGAGUUUGGCUUCGGCGGUGAACACGGCCUUCCCGCUCUUGAAUGUCGUCCAUACGUUAUCUUGUCGUCUCUGUGAAUAGCCCGAUGUGCUGAUACUCGGUUUCUAAUGCUCCUCCAAAGCGAAACAGCGUUCUCUUCUUUGGCGUUGCGAAGAGCAGCGAAGAUCGUGGAAUUGUCGCUAUUGCUGCUGGGCUUGGGUAUUGAUUCCAAUCAGAGUUUUGGUUGUGCGCUAAGCGAGCGUCUCCCAAUCACAGUUUACUGCCCUGCUUCCUGAAGGCGGCGAGGAACGAAACGUUUGGGGGUUGGGACAGAGGAAAGAUUUGCAGCUUUCGCCAAGGAACGGAACGUUUAGGGGUUGGAAGGGGAAGGGGGAAAGGUUUGGAGCCUGUGGAGGAGUGGUGGACCUGUGAACGAACGGCGAUGUGGAGGAAACCCUGCGCUCUCGGUUUUCGGUUUUGAGUUUUCGGUACAGCGAAGAGAUGGUAUGACCGAACGGACGUCAAGGAAUCGCCAAGGACGGGUCAUUGGCGAUUUUGUUUGGAGCGAAGCUCCUUGUGAGAUUUAGGGCGAGGAUAUGUACAAAGAGAGUGGUCUUGUUCAGGCAGGUGAAGGCCGAGGAGGUGGUGGAGGUACGCGGCAAGAUAAUUUUGGGUCGAGUGCAAGGGAGCCGGGAUUGGGGAAUGAUAUUGUGAAGAAGCGAGGAGAGGACGGAGUGGAUAAGUCUGCGCCUUCGACGUCGAAAGGAAAUGGUGCACGUGACAAGGAGCCACGCAUUUCCAAUCCAUCCACAUCCUCGGUUCGCAGAAGUAGUGGUGCGGCUCCGGCGAAUGAACUUAGGCCACCAUCAUACGACAAGACCAAGUAUCCUGAAGACGGUGAGGAUUCGGACACUGACACCGAGGAGUCUGACGUAAGUGGCUCGGAUGAGGAGGACACGUCAUGGAUUUCAUGGUUUUGCGGACUGAAGGGGAACGAGUUCUUCUGCGAGGUAGAUGAUGAGUACAUUCAGGACGAUUUCAACCUCAGUGGACUCAGCAGCCAGGUUCCCUAUUACGAUUAUGCGCUCGAUCUCAUUCUGGAUGUCGAGUCCCCGAACGAUGAUAUGCUGACGGACGAACAGCAUGAGAUGGUGGAGUCUGCUGCUGAGAUGCUGUAUGGUCUAAUCCAUGUCAGAUAUAUCCUGACCAGCCGGGGUAUGAGUGCCAUGUUGGACAAGUUCAAGAAUGUCGACUUCGGGAGGUGUCCACGAGUUUUCUGCUCUGGACAGCCUUGCCUGCCGAUGGGCCAGUCUGACAUCCCGCGGCAGAGCACGGUGAAGAUCUACUGUCCAAAGUGUGAAGAUAUUUUCUACCCAAGGUCGAAGUACCAAGGCAAUAUCGAUGGGGCGUACUUUGGAACAACGUUUCCACACUUGUUUAUGAUGACCUAUCCGUACAUCAAGCCUCCCAAACCUGCCCAGAGUUACGUUCCACGGAUAUUUGGUUUCAAACUGCACAAGAGUGCAAAGUAGGCAGAGUUUAGGUGUCAUUGUGUGGGAUAAGUUCUGUGAUGUAUCAGUGGAGUGCUCUACUGAGUGAGAAACGGGGAGGAGGAAGAACAGGCACAGAAGCAGUGGGGAGCAUGGAGAUAAGGGAAGAGAAGAGGUCGUGUGCAUGGGGAGUUGGAGAGAGAGAGGGGGGGGAGAGAGAGAGAGAGAGGGUUUCUUUGCCUAUGAGGAUUGCACUGCUAUGUGAAGUCCCUACCCAAUCUGCUGUGAAUAUCACACCAGCGUUACAUGAGAUUUUAGGUUGUUGUGUAAGGUUGUUGAGAUGGUGAGAGUGAUUAUUGCUUACCUUUUGGCAGAAGUCGCGAUGCGGAUGGAGUUUAGUCUCUCAGGGCUCGGAGGUAUAAUUGUAAUUCACCGGAGGGGGCUGGGUGUUCUUGGGUUCAGGGAGGGGGGACUUCGCAUACCGAGGUGAGCAUUACCCUCGGAUGAAAGUCCUUGGAAGCUUGUCCUUUGGGGGAAAGAAAGUCCUGGCCUUGCAUUAUUCCGUCCAGGUGGAGAUCCGUACUUUCCUCUAUCUGCCCUCUAUGCUGUGCAGGUCGAGUUUUGUUUGGAGUUAUUUGACUGAUUUCCAGUGACCGGCAAGCCCUCCUUAGUCGUGCACUAUGGAUGGACAGUUCGAAUGGCAGCUGAGUGCUUUAAUACCUCCUUCCAUUUACACAUAGGCCUAGCGAUGGCUGUGUGAUAUGACAGGGGUUUUGGCCUUUUUGCCAAAUUCGGGUACAGUAUACUGACCUGUUCCUCUGUUGGAUGUCUCCCCUGCUUGCCUGGAGCGUGAGCAUGGGCGGAAGUUUGGUAGUUUUGUGUGCCGAGCCAGGUCUUUAUUGGUUUUCUAGUUUUCUUUUUGCAACGUGGUCUCAAUUCUUGCCGAUCUUCCUUUCUCCUGUACUAUCUUUCCCCAUCCUUUCCCCCUCUUCUUUGUCCCUCUCCACGCCGCCCCCCUCCUCCUCCCCUCUUCCCCCCCCUUCUCCCCCUCCCCCCCCUCUUGCCUCCCUGCCCCACCUUGAGGUGAUCAUGAACGAGCAGUUGAUCUGUGGGCUUUUGUCCAAGAGAUGGUGUCGUUUGGUUGCGGUAAAGUUUAUGAGGUGUGAAGUGGUGGAUCAGAUUGGUGAAUGUGAGGAUGUUUGGUAGCGAUUUGUGAUUUGGUUCAGGAGCUCUAUUCAUUUGUAAAGUCUUGGUAAGUGAUUUCCGCAUAGUACAUGUAUGCAAAGAGAGUAAAAGAGAUCUGGACUUUGAUGAAAGGAGCUGAAAGUAAUGCUGUAAUUCGGUAACUGUCGACUUGAUGGGUGCGACGCUGGUGCACAAGAGCGGAUGGCAUGUGAGCAUUCACAAGCAUUACAGGCAGCCCAUUUAUCCCGUUGUACUCCGGGAAUAUUCUACAUAGAAAUAGCGAAUUCUGUUUUGCCCACAGUCUUCUUUUGCUUCUGCUCUGUGUAUUUCCUGCUUUUAUGUGUCAAGUUUGUGUCACAGAUCUCUGUGUUCCAUGUGCUAGCAGUAAAGAGGUACUUGCCAG